AUGGAGGUGAAGCGGCUGAAAGUGACCGAGCUGCGGUCGGAGCUGCAGCGGCGGGGCCUGGACUCGCGCGGCCUCAAGGUGGAUCUGGCGCAGCGGCUGCAGGAGGCGCUGGACGCCGAGAUGCUCGAGGACGAGGCCGGCGGCGGCGGGGCCGGGCCCGGCGGGGCCUGCAAGGCGGAGCCUCGGCCUGUGGCCGCGUCGGGCGGCGGCCCGGGCGGGGACGAGGAGGAGGACGAGGAGGAGGAGGAGGAGGACGAGGAGGCGCUGCUUGAGGACGAGGACGAGGAGCCACCCCCUGCUCAGGCCUUGGGUCAGGCCGCGCAGCCGCCGCCGGAGCCCCCGGAGGCGGCAGCCAUGGAGGCCGCGGCCGAGCCAGAUGCUUCUGAGAAGCCGGCGGAGGCCACGGCCGGGUCAGGCGGGGUAAAUGGUGGCGAAGAGCAGGGCCCCGGCAAGGGGGAGGAAGACGAACCCGAGGAGCGGAGCGGGGACGAGACGCCGGGAUCCGAGGUGCCGGGUGACAAGGCCGCCGAGGAACAGGGAGAUGACCAAGAUAGUGAAAAGUCAAAACCAGCAGGCUCAGAUGGUGAGCGGCGGGGGGUAAAGAGACAGCGGGAUGAGAAGGAUGAACAUGGCCGAGCUUACUAUGAAUUCCGAGAGGAGGCUUACCACAGCCGCUCAAAGUCUCCACUGCCUCCUGAAGAAGAGGCAAAAGAUGAGGAGGAGGAUCAAACUCUUGUGAACCUGGACACGUAUACCUCGGAUCUGCAUUUUCAAGUGAGCAAAGACCGCUAUGGAGGGCAGCCACUUUUCUCAGAGAAGUUCCCCACCCUUUGGUCUGGGGCAAGGAGUACUUACGGAGUGACAAAGGGAAAAGUCUGCUUUGAGGCAAAGGUAACCCAGAAUCUCCCAAUGAAAGAAGGCUGCACAGAGGUCUCUCUCCUUCGAGUUGGGUGGUCUGUUGAUUUUUCCCGUCCACAGCUUGGUGAAGAUGAAUUCUCUUACGGUUUUGAUGGACGAGGACUCAAGGCAGAAAAUGGACAAUUUGAGGAAUUUGGCCAGACUUUUGGGGAGAAUGAUGUUAUUGGCUGCUUUGCUAAUUUUGAGACUGAAGAAGUAGAACUUUCCUUCUCCAAGAAUGGAGAAGACCUAGGUGUGGCAUUCUGGAUCAACAAGGAUUCCCUGGCAGACCGGGCCCUUCUACCCCAUGUCCUCUGCAAAAAUUGUGUUGUAGAAUUAAACUUUGGUCAGAAGGAGGAGCCCUUCUUCCCACCACCAGAAGAGUUUGUGUUCAUUCAUGCUGUGCCUGUUGAGGAGCGUGUACGCACUGCAGUCCCUCCCAAGACCAUAGAGGAAUGUGAGGUAAUUCUAAUGGUGGGACUACCCGGAUCUGGAAAGACCCAGUGGGCACUGAAAUAUGCAAAAGAAAACCCUGAGAAAAGAUACAAUGUCCUGGGAGCUGAGACUGUGCUCAAUCAAAUGAGGAUGAAGGGUCUCGAGGAGCCAGAGAUGGACCCCAAAAGCCGAGACCUUUUAGUUCAGCAAGCCUCCCAGUGCCUUAGUAAGCUGGUCCAGAUUGCUUCCCGGACAAAGAGGAACUUUAUUCUUGAUCAGUGUAAUGUGUACAAUUCUGGCCAACGGCGGAAGCUGUUGCUGUUCAAGACCUUCUCUCGGAAAGUGGUGGUGGUUGUCCCUAAUGAGGAAGAUUGGAAGAAGAGGCUGGAGUUGAGGAAGGAAGUAGAGGGAGAUGAUGUGCCUGAAUCUAUAAUGCUGGAGAUGAAAGCCAACUUCUCUUUGCCUGAAAAGUGCGACUAUAUGGAUGAGGUGACAUAUGGGGAGCUGGAGAAGGAGGAAGCUCAGCCCAUUGUCACUAAGUACAAGGAGGAGGCAAGGAAGCUUCUGCCCCCCUCCGAGAAGCGGACAAAUCGCCGAAACAACCGAAACAAGCGUAACCGGCAGAACCGAAGCCGGGGCCAAGGCUAUGUGGGCGGGCAGCGCCGAGGCUACGACAACCGGGCCUACGGGCAGCAGUACUGGGGGCAGCCUGGAAACAGAGGGGGUUACCGUAAUUUCUAUGAUCGAUACAGGGGAGACUAUGAUCGAUUUUACGGGCGAGAUUAUGAGUACAACAGAUACAGAGACUAUUACAGACAAUACAAUCGGGAUUGGCAGAGUUACUACUACCACCACCCGCAGGACAGAGACCGAUACUACAGGAAUUACUACGGUUACCAAGGGUAUCGGUGAAGCCCCUGCCAUGCUCACCUGUCAGCCAUGAAGCUGAAUCUCUGGGGGUGCCAGGCACCCCCACAAAACACAACCAAGGAAAACAGGGGCUGUCGGGGUGGGGCUGAGCUGCCGGGGAGGGGCGGUGGGGCGGGAGGGUGCUCAAGCAGGGGUGGGGGAGGGGGGAGGUGGAAACAAACAACAAAACUGUACAUUUUUUUUAAAGUUUGUUGAAAAGAAUAUUGUCUUAUUCUAUAAAACAUUUCAAACCUAGUUAGAGAUUUGUAAUCAAAAAACAUUUGCGCAGAAAGCAGCACUUAGGGCUGCCUGUUCUAUACCCUGCAGUCAGACAGGAAAAGAACUGAAAAUGGCACCCUUCUGACAUUCUGAGGCAGCUGGACUGGCAGCCAAGUAAAGGAGAGUGAUGAGGUGGUGUGGGGAGGGUGGGGAGGCAGCGCGAGGGUGCUCUCCACAGCAGGUAGGAGGAGGCAGGAGUGGGGACAGAGGGAGAGCUUGUGACUGGGGCAGUGAAAAUAAACGAUUGGCUCUUAUCAAUCACUUGCACCAACUAACCGUUUGUAUUUUCUUUACCGACCUUUCCCUUUUGGGAUAUGUGGUCUGGUGGGCUGGGAGGCUUGCAGCGUCCCAACUCUCCAUUUUCCUGUGCCUUUGUGCUGUUUGGCUGAGGCAUGGAGACUGCCAGUGGGUGGUUCUAUUAUACAGGAUUCCCAGGCCAAGAAAGCCUGGGGACUGUCCUUGAUUGCCGAGCAGAAUAGCCUGCCCCCUCUAUAGACCCAUUGAUUAAUUCCCAUAAAAUCUUGGGGAGAAUGGGAUUGCAGCCCUCAGCCUAAAGAUUGUGAUUUGCCAGUCUCUAGUCUCUGUCUUCCAAGGUUGAGAGAGGUGGGAGGUCUCUGAAAUCAUCCCUGUUAGAGUGUCUGUCCUCUUACAGUGCGAGAGAAGGAACGUUUCUCAGGGUUUCAGCUCACACGAAAACACAGCAGGAUUCUUUUCACUGCAGCAGGAUAUGUAUAUAGGUGAAUCCUGUGUUGUGGGCUCCCAGGCCCAGGUGCUGAGAAUAGCAACUAGCAACUAUUUUCUACAGUGUGGAGGGCUCGUGCCCUGCUGGUUUUUUUGAUACACAGGUAGAGAAUGAAUAGAAGAGGGGAGGGUGGUGGGGGGGUGGGAGGCAGCUCAGUGGGGCUGCUGAACCUUGGGAAGAGUGUGAGUGUGAACGUGUGUAAAUGUGCGUGUGAAAGGGAGCACCCCUUCCCGACUUCUAGAUACAAAAUUCCUUUUGGGGUGCUUUCCCUGUGUGUCCCCAGAGAGGCCUCUAGCCAAGAGACUUCAGUUGGGAUAGUUUCAUUUGUGACUUUACCAAUACCCUCCCAGUUCUUGAUAGACAGCUGUAGGUUGCUGGGUUCAAGAAUAUGGGUGGGAUAUGGAAUGCUCUUUCAAUGUCUAGCUUCAGUUUUCAUUCAUCCUCUUGCUCAGCACUGUCAGCCGAGAGCUUACUCAGCAGACACCACAUACUGCAGCACUUCCUAGUGAGAAAAUCUGGGUUGUGCCACUAGAAAAUGCUUCACUUCCAUUUCCUCACCUGGGCAGUUCUCUGUUUAAAAUUGUGUGCUGAUUUGGUCUUCCUCUCCUCCUCCCUCCCACUGUUACUGCCCUGCAGCCCUUGUUCAGGUGUACAGACCCUUAUUCUGGCCUCUAGUGUCCCUGUCUGUCAUGACACACCCUUCCGCCCAAAUACCUCUGACCCUAAGGCUGGAAUGGGGCUGGUAGGAGAUAAGUUUGCUUACUCAGUCAUGUCCUUUCUCUUGGCACCUGCUUCCCUGCAGUGUCCUCAAAUGGAUUUGUGUGUGGCAGUGGAGUGAUUGCAUGAAUUUUUCUGUAACACAUUAACUUUGUAUUAUUAUUAAGGGAGUUUGAGAAAGCUUUGCUUAUAAUGUCAAGGCAAGGAGGUAAAAACUGGAGCCCAAAGAAAUUCCCUUAGGGCAAGAUUAUGUUAUAAUAGAAAAUUGAAUUUCCUGAGGCAGUGGCUGCCACCCCUUUUCAGAUGUUUAGUCCAGCAAAUAGCAUCUUUCUUGUAGUCUGUGACAUGGGUGGGGAUGCUAGGGCCCUCAGGGGCAAGGGGACUAAACUAAAUCAAGUUGAGUUUUUUUCCAGCAGGGGUUAGGGGAGGUACUCACUGUUGAUAUUUGACACUAGAAAGUAAUCUUUUUUACAAAACUGUUUUUCUAGGUGGGUAGAAAGUGAAACUGCCACAUCCUUGUUGGUUUAGUCCAAGAGAUCAUUUGCAACAACAGUAGAUGUCUGGGUUUUGUUUCUGUCUUUUUAUUAUGAAAAACUAUGUUAAGGGGGAAAAUGUGGAUUAUGGUAACCAGAGGAAUCCCUAGCCUUGUUUUCCUUAGAAGACUUGUUUAGUGUUUUAUCAGACGUCUGUUGUAGUUGUAGACAGGAAAGCUUGUGAGAAAAACACCACAUGGAGCCUGUAAAUGUUUUUGCACAACCUGUAAAGCAUUCUUGGAAGUGGCCAGUAAAAAAGGGUUUUACCAUUUAAAAAAAAAA